GACAUCCUUGUUUGACCCGCGUGAUUUUAUAGAGAUGCUAUUCGUAGAUAGGAUUGUUUCGCAUGGAUCUAAGGCUGGAAUAUUAGGGGGCGAAUCGGAGAGAUAAAAGUGAUUAUGAUUAUCUAUAUUGCGUGGUUUUAAGUUUUUGAUAAUUACGUGAAACAUCAUGAGGAUUCAUUGAGUUAUAGGAUGUUUACCUGCAUUGGAGCAAUUUUUUUAAUGUAAAUUAAGCGACAAUGCGUACUAAAUGGUGUAAAUUAGGUAAAAAUGCCAAGACAUUAUAAGAAAAAAGUGGGGGGGCGUACCUACGCUAAUUCAACAGCUGAUUUACAAAAUGCACUUGCCGCCAUUAGGGGUGGUAUGUCGCAAGCAAAGACAAGCCAAAAAUUUCAAAUUUCGCGGCGAACCCUUCAAAACAAGUUGAAGGGCAGCCACGAACGGCACCCAGGUCACCCAACCGUGUUUACCCCCAUGGAGGAGAACUUGUUGACAAAGACAUUGAGUGAUUGAGGUUUUCCCUUUACAAAAGCGGAUAUUCGGCAAGUGUUGCAUACAUAUUUAGAAAAAAAGGUCGUGUUGUUAAAGAAUUCAAGGACAAUGUUCCAGGUAGUGAUUUUCUAGAAUACUUUAUCACCAGAAACAACCUUAGUAUUCGUUUAGCCGCGAAUAUCAAACGAACACGUGCAGCGGUAGGACCAAAUGCUAUAAAUGAGUUUUUUGAGAAUAUUAAAGACGUUUUAAUGGAUGCAGAUCCUCGACUGGUCUUGAACUAUGAUGAGACCAACGUUCAGGAUGAUCCUGGAGCUAAGAAGGUGGUGGUCCCCAGGGGAACAAAACGCGUUGAACGGGUCCAGCAACAUUCGAAAGCAUCGGUUAGCAUUAUGGUAUGCGGCAAUGCCGCAGGUGAGCUGUUGCCGCCAAUGGUUGUUUACAAAGCCGGAAAUUUGUACGCGAAUUGGACCCAAGGAGGUCCGCCUGGAACGGUUUAUGCCAAUACAUCUAGUGGUUGGUUUGAUAUGAUUCAAUUCGAGAAAUGGUUUUUCGAUAUUCUGCUGCCUAAAAUUAAAGAUAUGAACACUCCUGGGAAAAAAGUUGUAAUCGGAGAUAACUUAGCCUCUCAUUUCUCUCCUUUAAUAAUCCAGGCAUGCGAGCAGAACAACAUUUAUAUGACACCUUUACUCCCAAAUAGCACGCAUAUAAUGCAACCAUUAGAUGUUGCAGUCUUCGCACCCAUGAAAAAAAAAAUGGCGGGAAAUCUUGGACAAAUGGAGAAAUUAAACUAUAAGUCCAGCCAGCGCCUCCAUUCCUAAAGAAUAUUUCCUAAAUUUUUAAAUAAUGAAAACUUUGAUGCAGAACCAGUGGCUGGUCCCUCAGGAACUCAAAAGAUGAUUAUAGAAACCAGUGAUGAAGAUAGCGACGAUCUUGCACUGAUCAACAUUUCAAACAGCUUCUAGCAAAGCAUUGCCUUCAAGGAAGCCAAGAAAAAGAAAAGUGAAAACUAAAAACGAUGGUAAUUGUGCAAUUUGCUUUAAAAAAUGGAAAAACUACCGAGGUCCUGAUUGGAUUCGGUGUUGUCAGUGUUGUAAAUGGAUUUGCGGAAUUUGCAACGAAGAAAGUGUAGAUCAAUUUUACGUCUGCAUGGACUGCACAAAUGUUGAUUUUAAUUCCGACGACAGUGUGAAGGAUAAGGACUUCUGUAUUUAAAAACAUCAGUUAUAAUUUCUUUGUUUUUUUUUUCGGUUUUUACAUAAAAAUAAUAUGUUAAUUUUCUGUUAUUGGGUUUUUGUAAUAAAUGAUAACUUAAUUUUCUA